AUGGCACCGGCCAUUGUUACUUCCGGAGGCGAUAUGCCGGAAUUUGAAGGCAGAAUAACAUUUACAGUUAUUAUUUGUGUCGUUAUUGCGGCUUUUGGAGGGUUGAUGUUUGGUUAUGAUAUCGGAAUUUCAGGUGGUGUUUCAGCUAUGGAUGACUUCUUGAAGGAAUUUUUCCCAGCUGUUUAUGAAAAGAAGUCGCAUGCCCUCGAAAACAAUUACUGCAAAUAUGAUAAUCAGUUUCUCCAAUUGUUUACUUCUUGCUUGUACAUUGCCGCUCUUGUAGCUAGCUUUAUAGCUUCAAAGUGUUGUACAAAGUUAGGUCGGAAACCCACCAUGCAAAUAGCUUCUCUUUUCUUCUUGCUCGGAGUAGUUUUAACGGCCUCAGCCGUAAAUAUGGAAAUGUUGAUUUUUGGAAGAAUUUCUCUUGGUUUCGGAGUUGGAUUCGGGAAUCAAGCCGUCCCUCUUUUCCUCUCCGAGUUAGCUCCGGCGAAGAUUCGUGGGGCACUUAACAUAAGCUUCCAACUUUUUAUAACAAUUGGGAUAUUCAUAGCCAACAUGGUGAACUACGUGACAUCAAAAAUUCAUCCUUAUGGAUGGAGAAUCUCACUCGCUAUUGCUGGAAUUCCUGCCCUGAUGUUAUGUAUAGGUUCCUUGGCUAUCUGUGAGACUCCAACAAGCCUUAUCGAGCGCAAUAAACUUGAGGAAGGAAAGGCAGUCCUGAAGAAGAUCCGUGGCGUCGACCAUGUGGAUCUGGAGUUUGAUUCUAUUGUUGUUGCGUGCGACCAAGCUAAACAAAUAACAAACCCAUAUCGAAAACUCAUGAAGCGUGAAAGCCGACCACCACUAGUCAUCGCAAUUAUCUUGCAAGUUUUCCAGCAAUUCUCUGGUAUCAAUGCUAUCAUGUUUUACGCACCAGUUCUAUUUCAGACCGUUGGAUUUGGGAAUGAUGCAUCUCUUCUCUCAUCUGUCAUCACUGGAAUUGUCAAUGUGGCUAGCACAUUGGUCUCUAUUUAUGCAGUGGAUAGAAUUGGUAGAAAACUUUUGCUUAUUGAAGCUUCUGUGCAGAUGUUCGUUACGCAGACUAUUAUCGGUAUUAUUCUAGUGAUAGGCUUGAAACCCACCGGGAAUCUGGAGCCAAAACAAGCAAUGGCUGUGGUGUUUCUAGUGUGUAUAUACGUAGCUGGUUUUGCAUGGUCAUGGGGACCUCUUGGAUGGCUCAUUCCCAGCGAGACCUUCCCUGUUGAAACUAGAACAUCUGGUUUCGCCUUCGCUGUCAGCACGAACAUGCUUUGCACUUUCAUUAUUGCACAGGCUUUCCUGUCAAUGCUUUGCUCAAUGCAAGCGGGUAUUUUCUUCUUCUUCGCUGCAUGGAUUUUGGUAAUGGGCAUGUUUUCCAUUUUCUUCUUGCCAGAAACAAAAGGAGUUCCAGUCGACGCCAUGGUCGAGAGAGUCUGGAAACAACAUUGGUUCUGGAAAAGAUACAUGACUCAUUUGGAUGGAACGGAACUUAAGCCACGAAAGAGUGACCUUGCUCAUCAAACCAUGACAUGA